AGGCCGACCUCCAACCUAUCUUCAUUAUGUAGUUUUUUAUAACAUAAGUUAUAAAGUUGUAAUCAAUAAAAAUAUCCAUCUAUUGCUUUGAGGCUCAACAACCUAUUUAGUUUUAUUUUUUUGACAUGGAGAGUAAAACAUCUCCUAAGGCAUUUGGAAAUUAACGUUUCUGUUAACCUGAGUGUGUUUAAGACAGGAGCAGAAUGGUAGAUGUACUUUCUGCAGAGAGUGAAUGUGUAUGAAUGGAUGGAUGACUGAUUGUAGUGUAGAAAGCUUUGGGAUUGUCAGACUUGAUAAAGCGCUAUACAAGUGCAGGCCAUUUUACCAUUUACUUUCUGUCAUUCCCCAAAGAUCAGGGAUCUUCUGGUUGCGUCUGCCCUUGCAGUGUACUGAUUGGGUGAAAUGCCUUAAAAUAUAGUGGCUGAGGUUUAAUAUAACAGCCUCUUAUUGUCACACUUACGUAACCGUGCGCUGAGAUUUACAGCGCAGUUGCACAUACUAAAUGACACAUCCCACUAUUUAUUCAUUAAUAUUUGUUUUAUUUAUUUCCUUAAAGGCUAGCCAAACCGUGUGGUUUGGCUAGCCAUUAAGGAUAUUUCUAUUUCGAUUCCUAAUUAGGUUGAGUAGGAUAGACUAGUUUGCCCAGUUAUUUAAAUUUAUAAUUAGCUGGAAUUUAGCUCUGCCUUUACACAACUUACAGCUAGGACCCAAAUUAUUCAUAACCGUGGGGGAUUUAGGUUUAAAGUAAUUUUACUAACACGUUUCUUCUGACUAAAAGUGAUAUGGACAUUUUAAAGAGUCCCAUGCAAACCCUUUAAACUGUUAUAAAUAUAUUUUCAAAAUACAUUUAAUUGUCUUAGGAGACAUUCCUUUCUGGUAACAUAUCAGCAACAAACUGUUUAAUUAAAUGAAAAUAUUUUAAAAUCUGAAUCUGGCAGGGUGUAAAUAAUUUAGGGCAUGACUAUAUCAAGAAACAGUAUUAUUAAAUAUCUGAAAUCUAAUGCCAAGUGAUGGGAAAGUGUGCAUGUGGUUUAAAAUGAGUCCAUAGAACUGAUUACGAGUGACCUAAGUUUUUUUCUUUGCUUUAGCAGAAGCAUUAAAGUUAAAGACCAAUACAGCCACUGAAAGCUGAAAGUUAAACAUUUAAUCAGAGCAAUAAUAAAUUGUCCUUUGUGGAUUGGUUCUAGAUAUUAUUAUUGCUAAAAAAAAAAAUUAAUUAAAUGCAAUUUCAUUUGUGGUGGGCCAUUAACCUGGGUGACAAAAAUAUCAUUAGUUCAGCAUGAUCGCCAAUAUAACCUGGAGAAAUAACCUCCUUAUUUUCUUUCUCGGAUCAAAUGAAACAAGGAUUGUCCUGCUGGGAAAAAAAUGACAGGGUGAAAACCAGCCGUGUCAACACCAUAUUGGGGAAAAACGAAAAAAAUCUGAAACAAAGAAACCCGAAGAGGAGCCUCUAAAGUUAUCAGCAGAGUACCAAGUGUAUUUCCUGCAAACAUGCCUUAAAGGGGACACAUCAUGCUAUUAAAUCCUUCCUUUUCACAUUUACAUCAUUCAGUUGUGGUCUAUAUAAAGUAGAACUGCAAUGUGUUGGUCUGUAUUUCUUGUUAUUGUAGCUCCACAGGCUCCUUUGUUACCCCUGUUCUGAGGUGCGUCUGAACAACUAGAUUUGGUGCGGUCUCUUUAAAUGCUACUGAUGCACUUCACACCUCGCCCCCUCAAGGUCAAAGAGCGUUCCACUUUAACCAGUUCCACCAUUUUUGUAGUUUGAUAGCAGAAAUACAAUUAUCUAAUGCCGCAGAAUCAAGACAAAAACAGCAAAAACAAUGCAAAACGGUUUAUGUAAUAAUAUUCAUAACAUGCAGUACAGUUUUGUCCUCUAGAAGCUAAAAGCAGCACAAAGCGCUAACAUAGGCAGAAGGCACAACGCUACUGCUGUCAAAAUAAUGGUCAGGACUUCAUGUCAGCACAAAAUAUAUUCAUGUCUAAAAUAAAGUUUGUUUUCAUUUUGACGUUAUUUGGAGCUUUGCUGUGUCUGUUGUUUUCAUAGACAGACAGAAACUGACCCCUCAAUUAGAUUAAGUCUUUUGGCAAAUGCUUCUUGAAGCUGGCGGAGGUUGCUGAAGGCACUCAUGCUUCGCUCAAACAAAGAGAUAUUUCCCCACUGAUGUUGGAACAUUUUCAUGAAAAAUAACAUUUAACCAGGCACUUCAAAGAGGUUCUGAUGCUAGGGAACGGUGUAAUGAAUUGUGUGUGUUAAAGCACCCAACAACCGAAAAUUUACACUUAUCCUCUUGCAGCUUUGGCGUAUUUGAACUUACACUACAAAGAGAGAAAGAAAAAUGGCGGACACAAGAAAGCGGAAACCGGAGGUCAGUGACCUUAUUUACCUGUUCCUCAUCAAAUACUGUGACGUAAUAGUUCAAAAAUGUAACAGAAUAGAGAAAACUGAAACUGAGAAUUAGGACCCAAACAGAAUAUUAAGAUAUUUAUGCGCAUCUGAAGAGACUAAUUCAACUUUUGUGCAUUCCUACAGACUCCCAAGUACACAAACAAAUUAUUUAAGGACUAAAAUAGUGGAUUGCACAUGAUAUGUCCCCUUUAAGAGGAAUAAUAGAAAAGUGUGCUCCACGGCCUCAUUGUUUUCUUAUUGUGUUGAAGGUGGACUGAUACACAGUCCCAUACCAGGAGAUCAUCAGCAUAAUACUGGAUUAUUUCUCAGAGGAGGCUCUGAAACAUGCUGAGGUUCUUUUCACACACGUGACCAGCUGUCAGAAGGGCUAAGAGUUGAGGACUAUGUUCAAGAAGAUCCGGAUCUUAAAAAGCUGGUGGAGAUACUGGAAAAACCAGCAGGAUGGUUCCAGGAGCAACAGGUUUUAGGGGGCGGUAAUUUUCAAUACAACAGAAACGAAACACAAACAAGGAUGCUACACCCAUCAGGAACAGAAACAUAUAGAAAACUAUUUUAGAAAUCCUUUGACAUCCAGAGUGUUUCGUCUUUCUGCCCACACAUUUCUCUGGAGGGUUUAUUUCACUUUGAGUCUGACAGAAGGCCAUAGACUGAGCAGCAGCUUUAACAUUGCUGUUAUGUCCUGCAUUGUUGUGUCUCUGUUGUGUUGUAAAAUGGGAGUUUUUACUCUCUUUUCUCCCUGUGCACCACCGGGUCCGUUUCCCUCCAGUUCCGAGACCAAACCAGCAAAACCAGCAAACUAUUUACCUUGUGAAAUAAUGAGAAAUGUUUAAGUAUAAAAGCAAGAUUUAAUGCCAAAAUGAUCAGUGUACAGAGUAUAGAAAGAACGGACAGAAUGGACCGGGACCUGUUCUUAACCCUCCUAAAGGGUGUCAUCCUCUUGUAUCAGUUUAUUCUUGACUAUGUGUUGCAUCUUAUGUGAAAUCAACAGGUAAGUUGUGUAAGCUGUAGCAGUGAGCGGUGCAGCAAAAAAGCAACUAGGGCAGAUAUAUUUAAUUAGGGCAGCAAAGCAAUGACUAGAAAAGGCCACAGAAUCAUACAUCAAUAACAGUCGUAUACAAAUCACGUCACGUUACCUUUUGGACUCUGGGCCACCGUGUUAUGAAGAUCCCACCCACAUAAGCUGGUACUCAAUUGUAACAGAAAGUGACCCAAACCGUGUGGAAUCGAGUGGAGCUGAGUAGGCGCUAAUGAUAAAGUGUGCAGGCCAAACCGAACUUAAAUAUCAGGCCCACAUUUUUCUUCACAAUCAGGUCUAUUUUAAAAAAGAAAUAGUCUUGCCCAUAAUUUGAUGAUUCGAGGGCCCGGAUCUAUGAUAUAACUAUUCUGUCCAUAGAUGUGCAAAGCUGGUAGAGACAAAAGAUCUGCUGCUGUAACUGCAGAGAUAGGUGGUAAUAUGAAGUAUUGACAUUUGCCAGGUGUAUUGAAGGUAAAGGUGCACAUAGUCCCUGCUUUCAGAGCUUCACAAGUAUGCUGGCUCUCUUCCCUCUCCGCUGUCUCCAGCGGUAUAGCCCAUAGAGACCCGAUACUCCAUUGGCCAGGAUCUCUGCGAAGCUUUCGUCAAAGAAUAACGGUGACAGCGCCUUGAAAGCCUUGUUGCUGAAAAACGCUAUAUAAAUAAACUUGACUUGACUUGACUUGACAAAAUGCCAAAAGAAGACAAACGUUGAGCAGUUCUGUGAAAAACUGUGGGUGAUUUCUUAAUAAAUGUAAAGUGAAAACUAAGAGCAGAUAUACAGGAACAUUGAAGUAACCUGUCUGUCUAAAAUGUCAUUGUGGGAGUAGCUUUGAACGUAUGCCUAGAAAAACUGCCUGUAUUGAAGCAGUCUUGCUGCAGACAACAUACCUGCUGAAGGCUGUCGACUCACACAGCAAAAAUGGCCAAUGCUUUGACUCAGGAGCAAGUUCUGUGCAUCAUUUGCAUGGAUAGUUUCACCAACCCUGUGUCCAUCCCGUGUGGCCACAACUUCUGCCUGGAAUGUAUUAAUGGUUUCUGGGACACGAGCCACAAGUCGGAAUGUCCACUUUGCAAGGAGAACUUCCAAAAGCGUCCAGCCCUCAGGGUGAAUGUCGGCUUAAAAGACAUUACUGAACAAUUUAAAAGAUGUUUGAGGAGUGAACAAGCAAGCAACCCAGAGCCACCUAGGAGAAACUGCUCCAGACAGUCCUCUAAAUCUGACAACAUAACUUGUGACAUCUGCGGCGAAAACAAGCUGACAGCAGUGAAGUCGUGCCUGGUCUGCCAAGCGUCUUAUUGUGAAAUGCACCUGACUCCUCACCUGAGCGAUUCCAUGAUGACAAAGCACAGGCUGACGGAUCCGGCCACCUUCAGGACAAAUCACCUCUGCAGAAACCACAACAAGCCCCUGGAGAUGUUCUGCAAGAAAUGUCAGAGCCCUGUUUGUACGAGCUGCACUGAGAGGGACCAUAAGCAUCAUCAAGUUGUUCCUAUGGAGAAAGAGAGCAGGAGGAUCAAGGCAAAAUUGAAGAUUGUUGAAGCAGAGAUUCAACAGAUGAUCCAGACCCGGCUCAGAAAGACUGAGGAUAUCAAGAACUCUAUGGAGCUGAGCAGAAUAGAUAAAGAAAAGGAGAUACAAACCAGUGUACAUGUUGUCACCAUGGUAAUAAAUGCCAUUGAGGGAAACCAGGCUCUGCUCACCGAGGACAUAGAAGAGAAGCAUGAAGCAGCAAAGAGGAGAGCAGAAGAUCUUCUUGAAGAGCUCGACCAGGAGAUCGGAGAACUGCAAAAGAGACGCAUUGAGCUGCAAUACCUGAAGGACACCAAGGACCCGCUACAUCUUCUGCAGAGUUUUCCAUGUCUGAGUUCUCCGCUGUCCUCAACAAACUGGUCUGAGGUCUGUGUUGACUCUGACAUUUAUAUAAGAAGUGUGAGGACAGCUUUCUCCAAGCUGGUGGACGUCUGCCAUGAACUAGAAAAUAAAUUUUGUGCAGAAGAAGUCACUAAGUUGGCCAAAUAUGCAGUGGAUGUGACUCUGGACCCUACAACUGCUGCAAGCUGGCUGCUUCUGUCCCCGGAUGGUAAAAAGGUGAGCCUGAGCUCCCAGAGCAGAAGGCAGUCGCUGCCUGAUGACCCCUGCAGGUUCGACUCGUGUGUUGCUGUUCUGGGGAAACAAAGCUUCACCUCUGGGAGACGAUAUUGGGUGGUUAAGAUAGGGGAUAAAACAGACUGGGAUCUUGGUGUGGCCAAGGAGUCCUUUAACAGGAAGGGCUCCAUAACCGUCCGUCCAGACAACGGUUACUGGGCGAUCUGCAGGCGGAAGGGUGAGAGUCUUCGGGCCUGUGCCGGACCCUCUGUCACCUUAAACCUCCAUGAAAUCCCUAUUAAAGUGGGUGUAUUCCUGGACUAUGAAGAUGGAUCAGUGUCAUUCUACAACGCAGAUUCAAAAACUCAUAUCUACACUUACAAAGGAUGUUCUUUUACCGAGCCCCUGUACCCAUACUUUAAUCCCUGUCUUCAUGACAAUGGAAGGAACACAGAACCUCUGAUUAUCUGUCCAGUGGAAACUGGGCUUACUAUAGAGACUGCAGGGCAGUGAAGUUAAAUUCAAUGAAAGUAAUCUGACAAAGUCAUCAACAAGCAUCAGUAAGAUGCUUAGGAUGUCCUCGUUUAGUUUUUGAUGUUUUUCAUGUUCAGUAUCAGAAAACCUUUGAGAAGUUUGGGAAAACUUCAGAAUUGAGAAGCAGUUUACAUUUUAAAGCCUAAAGAAAAAUGUGCUGCAUCAUGUAAAUGUUGAUAAGUUGUAUAAUUUGCAAAACCUAAAUAUGAUCAAAACUAUUAGGUGUGGGUCUAAAAGCUAUAAAGUCUCCUUCUGUCAUUUCUAAAAAAAAAGAUGUGACAUUAAAACGUGACACUACAAA